GGUCACCAAGAAUUCGGAGAACGCCGCGGGUGAUCAAGCGCGUGGGAAAGCGGCGUCAACGGCGCGCCCACCCGCCGCCGCCGUUUGCGCGUCUCGGCAUCGAACCUUCCAUCCCUUGCGCUCGCGUUCUCCGAGCAAACACAGAUCCUUUCCCCGACCUCUAUGUGGCUGGGCCCGGCCCGUGCAGGGGCAUUCGGUAUACUAAGAGCCUCCCCCCUUCUCCCAUGUCGCACAUUCAGCGCGCGAGCUUUCGUGGGGGCGCCGCGGGUUCCCUCCCCGUACCGGCAGUUCUCAUGGACUCGGAAUCUAGCGGCUAGGAUACCACCGGGUAAUAGGCAUACGAGGGAUGGCCCUCCCGAGCUGGAGAGGCUCUCGGAAACUGUCCGAGAGCAGGCGCAGGCUGAACAAGCUGAAGAGCUCGGGACUUUCUACGAGACGGUGGCGAGGCCGGGGGUGGCGAGACAGGUUUUGUGGUUUGUUGGCUUCAGUGCCUUCGCAUUCUCCACUGCUGCCUGGCUCACCGAGCGAUCUACGAACUACUGGGUCGAUACUAUCCGCUAUGGGUCCAGCUGGGUAGCUGUGACCAAUCUAAACCUGCGUAUCAAGCAGCAGCAGGCUCUAGUAGAGAAACUGCGCGGAUACCACCGGUCCAUACAUAGCUUCCUGAGCGCAUUCCCAAUUACCGUGCGCGCCAAUGUCAGCAAGCUCUUCGUCACCAUUUUCCAACCCAUCGCGGACGCUAGCGCGCCGAAGAAGGCCGUGUGGAAGGUGGUCGCGGCCACGAGCGUGGUCUUUAUCCUGCAGAAUAUCCCGCGGUUCCAGCCGUUCAUGCGCAAAUACUUCGUGCACAGCGCGCUGUCGGGCAUGUCCAUCACAAUGCUUACCUCGACGUUCGCCCACGCUGAGAUCAUCCACUUCUUGGUCAAUAUGUUCGCCCUUGAGGGCUUCGGUUCGUCCACGGCGGUACACUUCAUGAAGAGGGCCGAUCUGGACGAGGUGCACGGCCUUUUCGAGGCGUCUCCAUUCUGGCAUUUCGUCGCCUUCUUCUGCGUUGCCGGCGCGUUCUCCUCCCUCACGCAACACGUCGUGCAAGUAAAGGUCACCUACCCGCGCCUCAUCCGCCAGUACGCCGCCGCGCUUGCGCGCCAGGCCGCCACCGCCGCCUCCGCCGUCGGCCGCACGAAGACUUGGGCCGAUGCCGUUCAGCGCGCCACCCCCGCGCGCCGACGCUGGUUCCCACGUCCCACCCCGAUCGAGAAGACCCCGGUGUCCGAGGUCCAGGUCCUGCAGGGCAAGCUGAAGCGGGCGCUGCUGCCCAGCUUGGGCGCUUCGGGCGCGGUGUACUCCUGCCUGGUCAUCACAGCGCUCGCGUUCCCCAACGCCGAGGUCGCGCUGUUCUUCCCGCCCGGUUUCUCGAUGAACAUUCAGACGGGCGUCGCCGGCGCUAUAAUUUUCGACCUCACUGGCAUCAUUCUUGGCUGGUCAUUCAUGGCACAUUGGGCGCAUUUGGGCGGCGCGCUGUUUGGGUACCUCUACUACUACUAUGGGCCGGAUCUCUGGAGCGACUUGCGGCGCGAAGUGCACGCAAUGGCCCUCAGGUCACAGGGCGACGGACCGGUGAAGAGGCUAGCAUGA